AUGAUCGCGGAUAUCCUGCAAUCUCUAGCUAACAAUGCCGACGACUCGGAUGGCGUAGCGCAGCUCGUCGUGACGGCACUCGGAUCUAGUGGGCAGCACUACAUCUGCUGGAAGACUCAUUCGGGGGAAUACAGGCAGCGAUCUCAUGGCCUCCCGAGGCGUUUAGAGGACUGGCUGUUUCCAGUUGAUGGUAGCACGAGAGACUUUGAGACUUUACAGGUGAUACUCUCGGGGGAGGACACGUUCUGGGCAUCAGAUAGGGAUGGCGAAGUUCGGAGCGAACCUGCGGAUCCCCAGCAGCAGAUGCUCCGACGAGCUCUGACAUUCAAUGGCGGAAGCCCUUCUUCGGGGGCCAAACGGCGGAUGAGCAGAGCCCGAGAACUAUCGGGGGCCGAUAAGGAACGGCCACGAUCGAGCACGUUGCCGUCUAUGUCACCGACAGCAGUCGAUAAUCUCCCUGGGCCUCACCUAAAACCAGAACCAGCAGCCCAUAGUCGGUCAUCAUCUGCGGACAAGUUACGCCGGAUAUCUCUCGUGCCAAUCGCAUUCCACCGACGGGAACGGUCGUGGGCUACACGCCCCCGCAGUUUAAUAUACAGUAGCGAAGACUUAGGUGUGCUUAAAGAGCAACCGAGCCCUCAAGGCGUGGAUACUCCACCAACACCAGCGAAGCCUUUAGCUUCGGUAGAUACCAAGGCUCCGGGUAGUCGUUGCACCUGCGAAUAUCAUAAUAGAGGCACUGCGGGUGUACAUAAGCCCGAAGAAACCUCAAACGUCAAACCCAGGACGAGCUACGCAGACGCCAGCGUCCAAACAGACCCUAUACCCGAACCCGAGGUCGAUGAAUUUAUAUCAAAUCGGCAAAGAAAUUCCAACCAUCACCGUCGGCGAGAAUCUUCUUACUCCGCCACAAGCACAACCGACUCCUUUAACUCGUCAUCUUAUCCCAGCAGUAAGCGUUCGAGUAUCGAAACCGUUACGACACAGCCCGACCUCGGAGACUGCCAUCUAGAGUCCAGAGGAAAAUACAACGGAAGAGGAUGGCAAGAGCCGCAACAGCACUGGGAACAGCUGUCAAAUCCUGUGGCAAUGGGUCGGAUGCAGGCUUAUUUCCGCUCCUCAACAUAUAUACUUGGCGCUGCUCUUCAGCCUCAGGGGCUGGCGUAG